AGAGAGAGGUGUGUAGGGUCACAUUUCUACCUUUCUCUUCUUCUAUAAAAAGUCUGUUUUUCAUUUGCAUCCUCAUCAUUUAUAUACAUUCUCAAACCCUAAGAAAAGAAAACUUGUUUUCAUUUUAGCCAAAGUCUUUGAAUCAAUAUCGAAGAUGAAGUUGGGAUCAAGUCAAAGCAUGGGAGGUUCAAAGAGACGGGUGUCGAGUAGGGGACUUGGAGCUGUUCUUAAAGAACAAAGAGCUAAGCUUUACAUCAUUCGAAGAUGUGUUGUCAUGCUUCUUUGUUGGAACGAUUGAUUCUUGCUGGUUGGAGAGAGAGACCCGUCGUUUCGUUCGAAUCUGCCGAAGAACCUCGGCUAACAAGGUCGGUUCGGAUCCUAGUUUGAUGCUAUAUUGUGGAAGAAUCGGUUAACUGAUUAGCUUGUUUCGGUUAGGUCUCUCAGUUGGUUAGCAGAUUCUUGUUCUUUGGAGGAAAUGUUGAAAUUUAAAUUACAUAGUGGAGAGGAAGGGCAAUAUUGUAAAUAUUCACAACAUGGUAGAGAGACUUGACAAAGUUUUGUAAUAGCUUUUGGCUUUGUUCAUGACAUUCUAAAUAUAAAUGAUUUACGGCUAUGUAAAAUUGUAGCCCUCGUA